AUGACGGAUCAGAGACCAAAUCAGCGUACGCCUCUCAUUCAGACGACAGGUCUACGCAAGGGUGCCCUCGGUCAGAUCCGCCGCCCUGCCAUUACACCACGAAAUAGACAGUAUACCACCCCCGAUCCCCGAACGCUCCAGAAUGCCGCAUCACGAUUACACAGCGUCAGUGUCGAGAGUCUCCUAGCAUCUACAUCUGAAAUUCCAUCUGCAAGACGCCGUGCACCGGCUGGGAUCGGGCGCAAAGAUGCAUUACCACAGCGAACGACAAAGACGUCACAAAAGCUCGUGCUAUUACCGGAGAGUAGCGGUAGUGAAUCGAGGUUAGCGAGUUUUGAGAGUGAGGAUGAGGAUGCUGGACCGCCGCAGGAUGAUGAACCGAGAAUUCAAGCACAGGCUGCGAAACCUGCACUACCGAAGAGGUCAUUUUCCGAGAGGUUGACGAAGCAUGCCAGAGAGGAGAGAAAUCUACCAAGGGUUACAGCAUAUGCCGUGGCCGAAGGUAUCCGUUUCCAAGCAACAGCACAGUUCCUUCGCGAACGACACUCCGUCCGCCCCCGCGUCUACGACGAAUGCAUGUACGUCCCCUACUGCCUUCCGCUACUUCCCGGAAUUGGCUGCAGAGUCAUGUCAAGUCCCGAAGUCAUAUCACCCGGCGGGGGCUCCCUCCUCGAACAAGCCAUCCAGUAUUCAGAAGACCGGGAUCACUCACAUGAUUAUUUCGCUGCGUUGGCGAAUAAGUUGGAUGAACAGAGGGUGCCGCAGGUUGUGUUGGAGACGAUUGCGGAGUCGUCGGAGGAUAAUGGGCUCGGCAGGGAGGAGCAGGAUGGGGAGCAAAGGAGUCGGGCCCACAGUUUGUCGAGGCCUGGAUCGAGGUCGGCGUCGGCGGAUCCAACGAUAUCUGGUAAACACUCGAGAAGGGGAAGUUUGGACGUCGAGUCUAUGUUGAAGCAUGCUGAAAUGUUUGUGUUCAACUACGGAGUAAUCGUCUUCUGGAACUUCUCCGCCGCAGCAGAACGGGAUAUCCUAGCCGACUUCACCUUCGCAAAACUUUACCUCCGUCCACUACGUGAAAUCGAUGUCGAGACGGAAGAACUGCAUUUUGAGUACUCCCCGAAUACACUACGUCCCCGUAUCUUCAACGACAUGAUCACUCUUCGUUCCGGAGAUCACAUGAUUAAACUCGCCAUGUCACACGCAAUCGCACAAAGUACGAAAAUGUCACUGUUCGAGGGCAGAAUGGAAACCGUUAUGGAGGGCGCGCAGAGUGUACCGCGACAUCUUGCGUUGACCGGUGAAUUGGGUCUUACGCGAGAACAGGUUAUCAAGAUGUCUGGUAGACUUUUCAAGUUGAGAGUGGACGUGAAUUUGUCGAGUAAUGUGCUGGAUACGCCCGAGUUCUUCUGGGAUUCUGAACCGGCGUUGAAUCCGCUUUAUACCGCUGUGCGAGAGUACUUGGAGCUGAGACCGAGGAUCCUUGUGUUGAAUGAGAGGUGUCAAGUUAUCUUUGAUUUACUGGAUAUCUUGACGGAUUCGACGAAUGAUACGAACAUGAGCAGAAUCACACUCAUCAUCAUUCUACUCAUCUUGGUGUCAAUUGCAUUGACGACGAUUGAAGUCGUGUUCCGGUUUAGGGCAUUGAGGUCAGGAAGAGAACUAUGA